AAGUAAAAGCUAAAACCCAUCAGGGACACGUUUUAAAACUCGGAAAAGUAAAGACUAAAACCUAUCACUGAAACGUUUGCCUAUAUAUGUUUCAGGACUUGGAUAUUAAGCUGAUGGGGAUGGAGGAUGUGCCACCUUAUUCGGUUGUGGUCAACAUAACAGAGGGCUAUGAAAACUUUACAGGGAAACAUGGGAAUGAGUGUUCCGAAACGUAUCCUAAAGCCCCGGAAUAUUACGAAGGAAUGCUAAAGCGACCACUUGAGGCUGGGCUGUUAUGUGGAUGCACUCUACUGUCACUUAUAACAAUAUUUGUGUACAUCACAGAGGUGUGCAGUAAACAUUAUCGCUAUAAAGACCCUGGGAAACGCCUGAAAGUUUUGAUACUCCUCGGUAUAUAUCCGAUGACGUCAACAAUGGCAAUGUUCGCCCUAUUGGUUCCGAGAACCACCGUUCUAGCCGAUCUAAUUGCUACUUGCUAUCUGUCGCUGUGUAUCUAUGUAUUUAUCUGUAUUUUAAUACAAUACUACGGUAAUACAGAAGCUAUGAUAGAAACUUUACACCCGGAGAAGAUCUCAAUACGGACACCACCAUGUUGUUGCUGUUGUUGUUGUUUGUCACCACUGAAGGUUACAAGUCGGUCAGUCAAAUGUUUAAAGACAAUGAUAAUGCAGACGGCAAUUCUACAGCCGAUAUUUUUGUUUGGAAAAGCAGCUAUUUGGGCAAAUGAUCACAGCACCGUUCAUGAGACGGGAUGGAUGGCGCCAUUUUUAUACCUGAAUCUUUUAACCGCUAUCAGUACACUGUUUGCCUUGUACGGCCUUAUGAUACUUGUUACCGCCUCUCAGAAAAUCCUUGAAAAACACAGGAUCAAGCUGAAAUUUUUGAUGUUGCAGUUUGUUUUGGUAUUCACAAAUUUGCAGACAGCCGUCUUUGGAGUUUUUAUACGUUUUAAGAUGCCGCCAUGUAAAGAUGUAUAUGGAACCAGAGUGCGAGCUUCUCUUUUCAACCAUAUGGCCGUGAUUGUGGAGAUGUUUGUUCUGGCGCUUCUUGCACGCAUCGUAUAUCGUCGAUCUGAACACCGUAACCUCAAGGUCACUGCCGGUCCAUUGUUGGGCAACUCUGUCACAUAUGAUACCGUAGCUACAUCUACAAACGAUAUAGACGUUGUAUUACCAACGCACAAUAAAGGCAAAAUAAACGGGCCUUACAGCUUAAUUUAUAGUGAAAUUGAAAAUGAUAUAAAUGGUCCCGAAACUAAUUUAUGACAGGACAAAGGUUAGAAAUCACAUAAAAACAAAAUGAAAUUUAGAUUUGACACUCAGAAAAAAUUGAUUGCCAGGGGCAAAUUGUUAGUAAGAAAUGCUAUUUUGAUACAGAUCAAUCGUAAAGAUAAUGAAUUGUAUCACAGACACAUUGUAUCCUCGUCAAUGGUUUAGAUUGCCAUAUUUUCAUUUGUUAUAUGUUCAUACAUGUUUUCAUACUGUUCCAAUUAAAAGUUCAAGAUAUAAACCGCCGGGAUAAACCAGUUUUUGAAAACAAAGAUCAGCUCGGCGAUGUUCGGAGUCCUGCAUUGUCGAAACCUUUGCAACAUUAUAAUACAAAACUCAUUCACAAGUUUCUGGAAUGCAGAAUCUAUCACUGCCUAUACAUGUCUCAUUUCACGCAUAGUCAUGUCUGUUUAUAUUGUUUUUCUAUUAAUAAAGAUUUAG